AUGGCUUCAAAACGGACCAAACUGUCCGAAGACGAGAGGAAGACUAAACUCAAUCCACUCAUUGAUAACAAGUGGUCGUUGGAUGACUCGGGAAGGGAUGCCAUCAAAAAGCAUUUCCUAUUCAAAGACUUUAACGAAGCGUUUGGUUUCAUGACGAGAGUAGCCCUGAAGGCCGACCGCAUGGAUCAUCACCCGGAGUGGUUCAAUGUCUACAAUAAGGUGGACAUCACACUGUCAUCGCAUGAUGUGAAUGGGAUCAGCGAACGCGACAUCUCUUUGGCCACAUUUAUCGAUCAGUGCUUUCAGUCCUAUAAGUAA